AUGCUCCAAAUCCCACCUCCGCUUCCCAGGUGGCAAAGCAUCCUGCACCCUUUUUCCUGGUGGGUGUGGGGCGCCAUCGUCUUGUCCAUGUGUUGCGUCACCGUCACUUAUCAUCUCCUGGACUACAAUUUCGACCUGCCCUUCGUCACAAAUGGCAUGAAUAUCAUUCAGAGGAUUUUCUCCAAGCCCUUGACCAAAGCCCCCAAGAAAUGGCGCCUCAGGAACUUCAUCAUGAUGUGGUGGGUGGCGCUGUGGUUCAUCUCGGAGUCUUACACGUGCAACCUGAUGGCUGUUCUCACUGUGCCUGCUUUCCCAGCGAAGCUUCAGACAGCUGAAGACCUUUCAAAGAGCAGUUACAGGCUCUGCAUGGUAGAUUAUGGUGAAUUUGUGGACGAGGCACUAGCUGAAUCAACCCACCCAAUCCUUUCGGCCCUGUACAGAAUCCUGGACAUGGUCCCUUCAUAUGACACCAUGGAGCACAUCGGUGAAGAGCAGUGCAUCGAGAGAGUCCUGGCAGGGACACACGCUCACACAGAGACCUACUCCUACGUCAAGAUUCUGUACAAUAAGCUCGGCCACGGUAGCAAGGUUUACAGCUUCCAGGAGCAGCUGUAUCCAGGCUACCUGGCCUUCCUUGUCCGGAAGCACGCCCCCUGGAAGUACAAGUUCGAUGUCGGGAUGCAGUGGAUGUUCGAGAAUGGUCUCAUGCAGAAGUGGUACAAAGAUGCCAUGGACGAUUUCAAAGGCUACUUCGCGACAGUAUGUGGUGCCUCUCAGUAA